AUGGAUUCGAAAAACGCAAUAUUCGUCACACUAGGCCUCUUGGCUAUGGUUGUUCUUAUCUCCUCAGAGGUGUCAGCAAGAGACUUAAGUGAGACUUCCUCUAACACCAAAAAGGAGGUAAAUGAUGUCGAAAAUGGUAAUGGAGAAGACGGUGAUAAUGGAAGUGAAGGUUACAACACUGGUUAUCCCGAUAAUGAUGGCAACAGUUCCAAUGGUGAUCAUGGUGAUGAAUAUACGGAUAAUGGUGAUGAUUUCCCUGAAAAUGGUUGGGGUUAUAACGGUGGUUACCCUGGUAAUCGUUGGGGUUAUAGGGGUUACCCUGAAAAUGGUUGGGGUUAUAAUGGUGGUUACCCUGGAAAUGAUAGGAGCUACAAUGGUGGUUUUCAUCCUGGUAGUGGUGGUUAUUUUGGUGGUCACCAUGGUCAUGAUGGUGUUUAUUUUGGUGGUUACGGUGACGGUUACUUGGGUCAUGGUGGUUUUUAUUAUGGUGGCGGUUUUCCGAGUAAUGGUGGUCACAAUGGUGAAAUUGUUGAUGCGCAAACUAAAGACAAAACUCAUAACUAA